AAUUCUCAUCUCCACCUCUUUUUCUCUCUGGAGGCUGAUUAUUCAUUUGGUGAACCACAAUGGCUCGUCCAAAUGUCCCAAAGUUCGGCAAUUGGGAAAAUGACGAUAACACGCCCUAUACUGUGUAUUUUGACAAAGCAAGGCAAACUCGUGGUACUGGAAAGAUCAUGAAUCCCAAUGAUCCCGAAGAGAAUCCAGAUAUGUUUCGUAAUCUUGCUCCACCACCUGAAGUUGCUCCUCAAUCCAAGCCUAAAAGACAAACAGAGGAACCACCAAUUGGGCGUGGUGGGCAAAAGCGGGAACAUAGACUAAGUAAAGAAGAUGGUGAAUUCCGGCAGUAUGCUAAUUCUCCAGGACGUAAUGAGAAUAUGGGAAGGAAAGGUGCCAAUGAGCCAUCUCAUCAACGUGGUCGUGGAUCAAAUUCUGGUCGAACUGGCAGACAAAGUAUAGGAUCUGAACAUAGCUUUGAUAAAUCACCGCUGCAUCCACAUUACCAGGCAAAGGUUAAUAAUGCUGGAAGAGGUGUUGCAUCUCCUGCUUGGGAAGGAAAGAAUAAUAAUUCUUAUGAUAGUAGUCACGGUACUCCUGGAAGGUCCAAAGUUAAGCAAGAGAAUUCUGAUAGAGGAGCUGCAGUUCCAAGAUUCGGAGAGUGGGACGAGAAUGAUCCUCAAUCUGCUGAUAACUACACACACAUUUUCAACAAAGUGCGAGAGGAAAAGCAAGGAAAUCCAUCAGGGACACCUAGUAGAAUAUCUAACAACACACAAAAGCAUAACUCAGAGGAAAAGCAAAUGAAGUGGUGUUGUUGUCCCUGGUAAUUAUGCAAGGGAGGACCUUGAUUUUAUUCUGAAACAGCCAAGGGAUGUGUAAAUAGUUCAACAAAUUACUUGUGCAAUAUAUUAGAGUAAUUCAUUUAUUCUGUGUUCCCACAGAAUUCUGCAAUUGUAUUGUCAACUUGUAGUCUUUUUCUUGUACUUCUAUUUGUAUGUUACAGA